CGAGAUGAAUGCUGCAACCCCAGAGUUGUCCUUUACCUUUAAAGUGCGGGCUGAGUGCAAAAGUUUGGGUUGCCUUCCUGCAGAGCAUUCACAGUGCUGGACCACAAGCAGCUUUCUUUUUAAAAAGGACCAGACAGAUUCAUGGAAGAGGAGGGAUGUCUGGCCUAGUGUACGCUGUGGAUAUGAUGCCUGCCAGACAUCGUUGUGGGUGAAGAGGACGUGGCAACACACCUGCAUAAGAGCUUCCGGGCGCAUCUGCUUUCUGGAGUUGGAUCUGGGGCAGGAUGGGCCCCCUGGGUCUGUCCAGCAAGGCGGCUGUUGCACAGGUCGGCAAGGCAAGCGCUGGUGCGCCUGUGGGUCACAUGUGGCUAGCAGAUGGUGCAGAGGACCCUUCCGUGGCUCCCUGGUGUCGCAGGUCCGCUGGUGUCUGAUCCCGUCACGCUGAACAUGGAGAAUGAGGAAAAGCUGGUCAACAAAGGCGAGGAAGAUGAGAUGAAGAUCUACGGCUACACGUUUUGCCGGUGGAAGAUGGUCUUGGUGGCUGUGGGGGUGCUGUGCACGGGCGGCUUCCUCCUCCUCCUCCUCUACUGGAUGCCUCAGUGGCGGGUGAAGGCGACGUGCAGGAGGACUUCCCUCCGAGGCAGCAAAGUGGUUCUGCUGCGGACAACAGUGAGUGCCGCCCUCUUUGGCAGGGGAGAUCCCCAGGGAGGCGUGGAGGACCAGGCUGGCCGUGGCCUCUGGGCAGGACAGGCUUCUCCCACAAAGCUUUCUUUGCAUGGCAGGAGGAGCGUCUGAUCCAGAGGGUCAUCU